UGAAAUUUUAUUUUAUAUGUACCGAGUUGAAAGGGUAAGCAAAUAUUUCUUUUAGUCAUUCAUUCAUAAAGAAAAUAUGGCUAGGCAUCAUCCUGAUUUAAUUUUUUGCCGCAAACAACCGGGAGUUGCUAUAGGUCGGUUAUGUGAAAAAUGUGAUGGUAAAUGUGUGAUUUGUGAUUCCUAUGUCCGACCUUGUACAUUAGUUAGAAUAUGUGAUGAAUGUAAUUAUGGAUCAUAUCAAGGUAGAUGCGUUAUUUGUGGAGGACCUGGAAUAUCAGAUGCAUAUUAUUGUAAAGAGUGUACAAUGCAAGAAAAAGAUAGAGAUGGUUGUCCUAAAAUUGUGAAUCUGGGUAGUGCUAAGACAGAUUUAUUCUAUGAAAGAAAGAAAUAUGGGUUUAAAAAAAGGUGACAUAAUUUUGUAAAUAUGAUUUAUAAUCCUAUAUAUAUAAAAUGUACA